AUGCCGCGCAAAGCUCCAGCAGCUAAAGUCGCCUGCGUUAUUUGUCACGAGCGGCGGGUGAAGUGCGAUCGCACUGAGGAUGUCGCGUGUUCCAACUGCCGAAAUGCUCAACGCGACUGCGAACCCAUCAUUUCUCGCCGUGGACGGAAGAGAAAACUACCUCUUGGCUUCUCCGAGUCAGUCCCAAGCAGGAGCUCUCUACGGAGCUCCCACUUUAUGGCGCAUGGAGGGGUGACGCCUUCAACCACACACCAAGUCACUCCUACUGAAGCCAACAAAGCGCCAGAAAAAUCGCCAUGCUUCCCAGCACUUGGUCCAAGUGGUAAAACACAGUAUGUUGGAGAUUCCUCUAACCUUAACUACUUGGUCCAGCAGUUCGGAAAUCCCUUCGAGGGUUCCACGGAUACUCGCCCAUUGCAAGACCACCUCCACGGGGCAAUGCUGGCUCGGGUAGGAGACUCGACGAUACAGGAAAUUGAGAGACUUCGUCAGUCAAGCCUUGCGCAUCUUAAGGCUGAGGGGGCUUUUGACGUUCCAACCCUCGAAACCGGUCAAGCUCUUCUCGACGCAUAUUUCCAUUAUUCGUUUACUACGUUGCCCAUCCUUGAUCGGUCCAGAUUUCGAGCUCAGAUUGAAGAUGGAUCGGUAUCGCACCUACUUUUGAAUGCUGUAUACCUCACUGCCAGCUUGUACUGUUCCGAUAAGCUCAUUUCAGACGCCGGGUUUGCCUCACGGUAUGCCGCAAGCCUCACGUUUUACCGGAGAGCGAAAUCUCUCUAUGAUGCUGGCUUUGAAACCGAUACCAUUGCAACAAUCCAAGCAACAUUCCUAAUGUGCCAUUGGUGGAGUGGCCUGCUCGAACCUAAAGACCCAUGGCACUGGCUAGGUAUAUCUGUUGGGAUGGCGCAGGCUUUGGGGCUGCAUCAAGCGAAGUCCUAUAUCCGCUUGGGGGAACGGGAGCGAAAUUUGUGGCGGAGAUUGUGGUGGAUGAUAUAUACAAUGGAUAUAAAUCUGUCUAUGUUCCUCGAUCGCCCGCCACACAUUCAAGGAAGACUUUGCAAUGUCCCACCUCUGACACAAGAUGAUUUUGAACCCAACGAUGACCCUAGCGACAGUGAACCCUCCGAUGGGAACUUUUGCAAUGUCAGCAUGUUCGUUAUCAACGCCAUGCAACUUGCUCGUAUAGUGGACCGUUUCUUCACCAUCAAGUACGACGAAGACACUGGGCAUUCGCAAGACAUUUGUUUAGAGCAGAUCUCAUUGUGGUCGAACUCACUACCUCCAGGACUCCAGAAUUUUACGUCCAGCCAGAGCAUAUGGGCUAUCUUAACUCGAAUCUUAUACCAGACAUACCGGUUGGUUCUGCAUCGGAGCAAUCCUCGUUUCUCGAUCAACACAGGGCCUGGUACUCCUAUCUUCGAGAUAUGCACCGAUAUAUAUCACAUGCUGGAGAUACUAAUGGCGAAAGAUCUGGUUUACGCCGCGGCAGGGAACAUGCAAGUUUCCUUGAGGAGCCUGGGAGGAAUUGCUUCGGUGUUGUCCGUGCUUUCGAUCCAAAUACUCAACAUCCACAAAGGCGAUCCCGGUGUCCGAAUGAUCUCCGAGCAUCGCGCCCGAUUCUGCAUGAUGAUACUCCAGAACUUACAGGACAGAUUGCCGAUAGUUGCAGCCUUCCUCCCAAUAUACGAGUCGCUCCUCAAGGGACGUAGUAUGGGCUUCCAGUCACAGGGUGGCGAAAAUGCAAAAGAGCGUCCACCACGACAAUCAAUGCAACAUGAAGGGGCCGACUCGGAGAACGAAAUGCACAAUGGGAGUUUGAACAUCACUGAAGGGUUGUUUGAUCAAAUCCCGCAAGAUAACUUAGGCACAUUAUUUCCGUUUUCUUUUCCGUUUGGUAAUUUGUUUGAGGAUGUCAUGCUUGGCUAA